AUGUUCUCCUGCAACAGCAGCACAUCUGGUCACUCUACCUUCCUUCUCACUGGCUUUCCAGGCCUAGAAACCUCUCAGCAUUGGGUUUCCAUCCCCAUCAACCUUGUCUGUGUGGCUUCCGUUGUGGGUAACAGUAUCAUCCUCUUCCUGAUCUGCACAGAUCCAGCCUUACAUGAACCCAUGUAUAUCUUCCUGUCCAUGUUGGCAGCCUCCGAUCUGGGCCUCUGUGCCUCUACUUUCCCCACCAUGGUGCGGCUCUUCUGGCUGGGUGCUCGAGAGCUACCCUUUGAUCUUUGUGCAGCACAGAUGUUUUUCAUUCAUGCCUUCACUUAUGUGGAAUCCGGUGUGCUGCUGGCCAUGGCCUUUGAUCGCUUCAUUGCCAUCCGGGACCCUCUGCACUAUGCCACGAUCCUUCCCCACUCAGCCAUGGCCAAAGUGGGAGCUGCCAUUCUGGCAAGGGCUGUUUUGCUCAAUCUCCCUGCACCAGUUCUCCUGCGGCGUCUGCUCUUUCCCCCAACAAGUGAGCUCUCUCACUGCUACUGCCUGCAUUGUGACCUUGUAGGACUGGCCUGCUCAGACACCCGGGUCAACAGCUUGGUUGGCCUGGUCUCCAUCCUCCUCUCACUGGGCCUCGACUCCUCCCUCAUCAUGCUCUCAUACGUCCUGAUCCUACGGACUGUGCUGGGCAUUGCAUCACCUGGAGGGCGGCUCAAGGCUCUUAACACAUGCGUCUCACACCUCUGUAUCGUGCUCAUCUUCUAUUUACCCAAACUGGGACUAUCUGUGUUGCACAGAGUGGAGAAGCACAGCUAUCCCGCCCUGGCAGUGCUCAUGGCCAACUUGCACUUCUUGGUCCCACCCUUCAUGAACCCCAUUGUGUACUGCAUCAAGUCGAAGCAGAUCCGCCAGGGCCUCCUGAAGCGCUUCCAGCAGAAACGGGUUGAUAUUUCUUAG